AUGUCAUUUUUGUUAUCUAAAGCUGCCGACACUUUGAAAGGGAUGUCCGUUGAAGAUACUAAGAAGAGUGAGGAAAAGGGUUUGCAGGGCGUCGAGGUGGAAAGUGCCGGCACAUUCCAACAAGUCAGCAGCAUCUACCAAAGUGGUGUUGAGAAGGUCCCCGAACAGGCUGAGGAGAAGUCCAAUGCGACUGCUUCUGGGGAGGAAGCCAAGAAGGAGGCUCAGAAGGAGAAGGUCCUCGGUCGAAUGAGACGUUCCCAUCCACUUGGCCGAGUCGUUAAUAGGAAAUGCAGUGUCCCCCUCCUCGGUAUGAGCGCCAGGGGCAUCAAUUAUCGUGGUAUCGUCAACCUCAUGUGUUUGCUGUUGGUGGUAUUGAAUCUUCGGUUGGUGUUGGAAAAUCUUAUCAAGUACGGUUUGCUCUGGCGACCUUGGGCGUAUCUUUCCAUCGACAACCUCCGGCAUAACUUGCCCCUCGUCUAUACCCUCGCUCUGAUCCUGUGCGGCCCUGCCCUCAGCUUUAUCAUUGAAAGGUACAUCGCACCUCGGCAGCAAGACCGUCGCCUGGCGAACGCCCUGCAAUUUUUAGUGUUAUUAACAGUCUUGCUGGGUCCACUGUAUACCGUUGAAAGCACAACACCGCAUGGUCUCCUCGCGAUGGGCUUGCUGUGCUGCUCGGUCACCUACGCAAUGAAAAUUGGGAGUUUUUGGCAUGUCUGUCAUGACCUGUUCUGGUCUGUCAAGAUGAACAAACUAGAGAUGCUUCUUGUUGAUGAGAAAGAGACGCUAGAAAUGGCGAAGAAGUACCCCCGGUGCCUCUCACUCAAGGACAUGUACAUGUAUAUUGCCUAUCCAACUCUGUGUUAUCAACUGUGGUAUCCCCAAUAUCCCCGUCGCAAUUGGGUGCGGUUAUUGAAGUACACAGCUCUGCUACUGUUCUGUCUCGCAUUGCAACUCAUCAUCAUUCAACAGAGUCCCAAAGUUGGCGUCAAAGUGCCCUGUAAUCUACUCCGUAUGACUGGCCGUUGGUAUUCACCUGUUGUCAGGAUCUUAUCGGAAAGGAUAUUGAAAUUAGCUGUGCCCAACUUGUAUUUGUGGUUGUUGAUGUUUUUCACUCUUUUUCACACUUGGAUGAAUAUCCUGGCGGAGUUGACCAGGUUCGGAGAUCGCGAGUUUUACGAGGACUGGUGGAAUUCAGUCAAUUUUAGAGAAUAUUGGCAGAAAUGGAAUCUUCCUGUUCAUUACUUCAUCCUUCGUCACAUGUGCAUCCCUAUGAGAAGGCAACUGGGU